AUGGCAUCCAAGCAAGGAGAAUCCGAUAAAUAUGAGGUGUUGGAGACUAUUGGACGAGGUGCCUUCGGGACCAUCAGGAAGGUUAGAAGAAAGGAAGACAACAAGAUAUUGUGCAGGAAGGAAGUCAACUACGUAAAGAUGUCCGGUAAAGAACGAGAUCAACUGGAAGCUGAACUCAAGAUCCUCGCAUCCCUGAAGAAUCCUUACAUCGUCGAGUACGUCCACCGGGAACAUAUAAGGCAGACGCAAGAAUUAUAUAUCUACAUGGAGUAUUGUGGUGGUGGAGACCUUGGAGCUCUGAUUACUGAGUUGAGAAACAAGGGCAAGAUUGCGAAGGAGGACUUCGUAUGGAGGAUACUUAGUCAGUUGCUGGCCGCACUAUACCGUUGCCAUUACGGCGUUGACUCACCCGAGCCUGGUGAUUCAGCUAGACCCAACGAUUCAAAACUGCUGUCAUCUCGGACGAGCUCAACGAUCCUUCACCGAGACCUGAAACCAGAGAACAUAUUCUUAGACGGAGACAAGUCGGUCAAGCUCGGAGAUUUUGGAUUGUCGAAGAUUAUGCAAUCGCACGAUUUUGCUUCCACCUAUGUCGGCACGCCGUUCUACAUGUCACCAGAGAUCUGUGCAGCAGAGAAAUAUACUCUAAAGUCAGACAUCUGGGCUGUGGGCUGUAUCAUAUACGAACUCUGCACGAAAGAGCCUCCAUUCAACGCGCAGACACACCUGCAGCUGGUCAACAAAAUUCGCAAGGGAGAUGUGGCACCUCUUCCAAAAGAGUACUCGAAGGAGCUGAACGAGGUUGUCAAGAGCUGUCUGUUAACCAACCCCUUUCAUAGACCUGAUACGGAGAAACUCCUCAAUCAUCCAUUUGUGUGGAUGGCUCGAAAGCAGCAAGAGUGCCUCAAGAUUACACGAUCAGUUUGCACCGAGAAAGAGACACUACAAACGCAAUUUAAGAAAUUGCAAGAACAGGUCGCUGAGCUCGAAGCUGACAAGAUCACAAUGAGGGCCGACCUAGAGGCUCAGAUACGUCGUGAGUGGGAGGUUCGAGCUCGACUUGAAAUCGAUCGACAAGUGGAAAAAGACAGACAGGAGAUCAUGACGACCCUCCAAGCUCAAUUCGAGCACGAGGUCAACAAACGAGUCAAGGAGCAGCUGGCAAAAGCCGCCAGCUCUGUAGAAUCGAUGGUCGUGCCCAAGGAGAAUGCAGAUCGAAAUAUGCAUAAGGAGCAACACAACCAUCAUUCGUCCACAAAUACUGCUGAAGAGACAGACUGGACAAACACUACUGAUCUGACUGAACUAUCUGAUCUCUCUAUCCACUCUCCAUCAACAUCGACCUCGAAACCAGCAUCUAGGAAGGCGAAGACGCCGUUCGCUAGAUCGAAGACUGCUUUUGAUUCACCAGCAGACAUCCAGAUGGCUGAUCCCUCACCAAUGUCGAUCACGUCUCUCAAUCUUUCGCCUCGUCGUCAAACAUCGGACAGUAACAAAUUGAGUGGCAAGAACCUAUUCAGCAAGAUCGCGACAAACAAAGCACGACUUGCUAUUCCAGAUGAUCUCGAUGAGGACAAGGAGAAUGACCUUGUGGAUUCGGACGAUGAAAUUAUCCCCGACCUUCCUAGCCCAACAAGGCCUAAGCUCCAGAACACUGACCCUUUCAAGAUGCCACCACCUGUGAACAUGCCUCCCUCAAGGGCUAGACCAGGGAUGCAGCGACAACAUACUAUUGCGAGCACCAACAGACUCGUCACCAAACCAACCUUGUUCCCAACCACCAACAGCUCAGCGACAGCUACACAGCUGCGUGCUGGUUUCGCCGCGACGCAGAACACUCAACCAAGUCAGCUCCCACGUAGUGCCACAGAAGGUGAUCUGUCGCGCAAGCCAUCGAGCCCAACACAGUCUGCCAAGCGUAGACUCAGCAAGAUUCCCAGCAGAGCCGACCUUGCAGCAGAGAACCUGAUGCAAGCCUCAAUAGCAGUGUCAAAUGCAGCCGAGCGUAGUACAUCGCCGAUUCGUCGUGCAGCAACCAUCACGAACGGAAACCCGAGCACCAAGCUCGUAUCCAAAAUCGGUGGUGGUACACGGGGUGGCUUGAACGACAAUGCUCAGCAAGUCAACAUCGUCGCCGGCCGAACACGGGUUGAGCUCGCACAGGCGCGGGCCGGAGGACGUCCUAUGACUGCAGAGUGUCCACCAAGCGGUGGUAUUAGGGUGAUCGAGAAGGAACUACCGCCAGUGCCUGUCUGGGAUCCAGAGGUGUUGGGCGAAGAUGCGAUGCCUAGUCCGUUUCUCAAACGAGAGAUCAGGAUCAUUAAGGGGUUACGGUGA